CCUUCCCUUCCAUUUCACCUCGCUGCGGUUUACCUCUCCCUUUCUCUCACCUUCCUCGCCCACCUCCAUCGCCUCCUCCUUAAGCAACGCCCCCCCCAACCCAAGCGACCCGCGACCCUAACCCUAGCGCCACCACCAACUGGCCCAAGCACACCCACUGGCUCGCUCAGCUGCGGCAAUGGCGGGGCGCCUCGUCACCUCCUCCUCCCCGGCGGCGGCCGCGCUCGCCGGCCGGGAUGCGUGAGAUCGCGGCGCCGGAUGGGGAAGGACGCCGGCGAGGCGCAGCAGCAGCCGCCGGACGGGGCGGGCGGCGGAGGCGCAGGAGGCGGAGGAGGAAGGGGCGGUAGCGGCCGCUGCCGCUGCUGCUGCGGAGGAGGGACAAGGGCGGUCAGGCUGCAAUGCGUGGCGGCGCUCGUGCUCGGGGUAGCGGUGCUGCUGUCGGCGGUGUUCUGGCUCCCGCCGUUCACGGGGCGGGGCAGGGGCGCGGAGGGCCCGGAUCCGGGGGAUGACUUCGGAGCUGCUAUUGUGGCAAGCUUUAGGCUACAAAAGACAGUUCCGGAGCUGAGUGGAAAUAAAUCUAAGCUCGAAUUUGAUAUCUAUGAGGAGAUUGGCAUUCCUAAUUCCACCGUGGUUGUGAAUACACUGCAUCCAUUAGAUGGAUCAAACUGGACAAAUGUCAUCUUCAGCAUUGUCCCUUUCCCAGAGGACUUGACUAUCUCAUCAACAUGGUUGAGCAUUCUUAGAUCAUAUUUCAUGUCCUUCGUUGUACGGCAGUCAACGCUCCACUUGACUGAGUCUAUAUUCGGGAAUUCAUCAUCCUUUGAAGUAGUUAAAUUCCCGGGAGGAAUAACAAUCAUCCCUCCACAAAAUGCUUCUCUUCUUCAACCCCAUGCGACUUUCAAUUUCACUUUGAACUAUCCAAUCUACAAAAUACAAGACAGAACCAACGAGUUAAAGGAUCAAAUGAAGGCAGGACUACUUCUCAAUCCAUACGAGAAUCUGUAUGUCAAAUUGACGAAUUCGCAAGGUUCAACAAUUCUUCCUCCAACAAUUGUUGAGACUUCCAUUGUCCUUGAAGUUGGAAAUCACAAGACGUCUGAGCCAUCUGUGCCAAGGAUGAAGCAGUUGGCGCGGACAAUUACCAAUUCAUCUUCAUCCUCGGGAAACCUGGGUCUCAAUCAUACUGUAUUUGGCAAAGUAAAGCAGAUUAGCCUUUCAUCCUACCUUAGGCAUUCCUUGCAUAGCGGGGGCGGUUCUGAUGCACCUAGUCCUGCACCCAUGCAUCAUCAUGCUCAUCACGGCCAUCAUCACCAUCACCACAGUCCUGACAACAGCAGGCAUCUAGCUCCGGCUCCUGCUCCAACACAUUUUCCUGUGCCGCAACCCAGAUAUGGUGCUCCACCUCCAUCUGGGUGUCCAUACAGCAAAAACAAGCCAAAGAAAAGAGGGCCAGUUACACCAGCUGCUGAGCCUGCAGCUAAUAAUCACCAUUCUGCUUCUAGUGCCCCACCACCACAUCCAUGGUCACCUCCACCUGCUAGUCGUUCUCCACAUGAUCCCACUAUGCAUGGUGGAUCCCCUGUUCCAUCCCCUCCUAUUCUACCAGAGCCACCUUUGCCCACCGUUUCUUUUGCUCAUGCACAUCCUCCAAGCGAACAUGGAACACGGACAAGUCCUGCUCCAAGUGAGCAGGGAACAAGAGCAGGUCCUGGUGGGAUGUCACAAGUGGCUCCUGCACCUCAUUCAUCUCAUGGUACCAGGAUGCAGGGUGAUUCCUGUCUCUGGGUUCUUUUUGUCUUUACAUUAUGUAUCCUAAUGAGCCUACUAUGAUGAACGAAGUACGUGGCUAACCAGAUGUAAAAUAGAGGGGGUGCACGUCUGGAAGAGAGGACGGGGCUCCUCCGGUGGUGUCAUCUGGUUGUAGCCGGGGCGCGAUCAGCUCCUGAGGCGGGUGGCCAAAAGCACAAGGAAGCUCACCCCUGCCUCGGCGCGCUGGUAUACUCUUCUCGUUGUUAGUGGAUGUAAAUAUGGGUUGGAAAUGGGAAAUGGGAUGGAUGGGUACUAGGCAAACCGCAAGAGGGGCGGCGGUGCCGCGCGUGGUGGUCAAAGCCACAGGGGGUGGCAGGCCCUUGUGUAGCGCGUGCGCGCCUGCCCCGGUUUGCCGUGUACUGCCUUGCCUGCCGCUGCUGCUGAACUCAUUACUAGAGGAUCUUCUCAAAGUGUAAAGGACCUUUCGUUUUCGCAUGAGAGAAGGCACGGCGUUUGCCUCGCAGUUUUGUGGAGGUUCCUCA